CUUCCCCUGUCUCAGGGCAAACCUCGUCGUUGUCUGCUUUAUUCUUCUUCUUCCUCUCUCGCACUCGGUAGAAGAGAUCUUGGUAGCUUAAUUUCUUGGAGGCUGAACAUUUUUAUCGCUUCUCCAGCGAAGAGGACGAGAUGAGGGCACCGAGAAGGCCAAUCCACACAGUGUCAACAUGGGUGAAGCGUCAGCCACCGAAGGUGAAGGCUUUCCUCGCCGUUGUCUCGGGCAUGGCUGCGCUUGUAUUCCUCCGUUUUAUCGUUCACGAUCAUGACAAUCUCUUCGUAGCUGCCGAGGCCGUUCACGCUAUUGGAAUCUGUGUUCUCAUCUAUAAGCUCAUGAAGGAAAAGACUUGCGCGGGACUUUCACUCAAGUCGCAGGAACUAACAGCUAUAUUUUUAGCUGUUAGACUGUACUGCAGUUUUGUUAUGGAAUAUGAUAUACACACGUUACUUGAUUCAGCUACACUGGGGACAACACUGUGGGUUAUUUAUAUGAUUCGUUUCAAACUGAAGUCUAGUUACAUGGAAGACAAGGACAACUUUGCAAUAUACUAUGUGGUGGUACCUUGUGCUCUAUUGGCUCUACUUGUUCAUCCCUCAACAUCACACAAUAUUUUGAACAGAAUUUGCUGGUCAUUUUGCGUAUAUUUGGAAGCUGUUUCAGUGCUUCCCCAGUUGCGUGUCAUGCAAAACACAAAGAUUGUUGAACCAUUUACGGCUCAUUAUGUAUUUGCAUUGGGAGUUGCAAGGUUCUUGAGCUGUGCUCAUUGGGUCCUCCAGGUCUUGGAUACAAGGGGACGCUUACUGACAGCUUUGGGAUAUGGAUUGUGGCCUUCCAUGGUUCUCCUCUCAGAAAUUGUCCAAACUUUCAUACUAGCAGAUUUCUGUUACUACUACGUCAAAAGUCUUGUCGGCGGACAGCUUGUGUUACGUCUUCCUUCCGGAGUGGUGUAAAGUGGAAACUUUCUUGUGUAGUAGAUUGAAAUUUUCUCUUUUUGCUGCAAGAAUAACUUAAAAAUGGCAAACUAGGAAAUGUAGGUACGCGAUCUUCACAGUUCCCUUUGGCAUCCGAUGUGGUUCAUGUACUCUCUCUCCACUCUUGCAGCCAUUAAUGGAACUUGGGUCGGGUGGUUGUAGUGUUGGGGAUGCAAGAGGUCCGGGCAAGAUAUAUAAUUUAAAGCUUGAUUUCACGCAUAUUCAAGGUUCCAGUACUAAUCUUUAUGCCUAGUAGUCUAUGAAAGACUUCUUUUCUGGUCA